AUUUGGACAUGAUGUUACGGGUCACCCUAUUCAUGACAUUAUAUGCAUUAUUAUCUGACAUGUCUGACAGUCGACAGUGACCAAGAGUACAUGUAAAAGUAAGAUGCACCAAACCAUAUGUUCACGGAACAUGACAAGUAGAAGAAAGAAUGUACCAUUCAUCGUACAUACAAGAUGUACUUGAAUAUUACAUACACAACUUGGAUCUGAUUUGGUGCUGCUCACGUCGUCCUGUUUUACAAACCUGUCAGCGCAGACAUUCAAAACAGCAACAAAACUGAUGAAGAAUGGGGUUGCUAUAAAACUUGAGAGUGUACAGAAAGAAGUCUACAGCUUCAAGUAGACUUUAGGGAAUCAUGGAACAACAUUUGGUUUUGAGGAAGCCACUGAGAGACAUUAUCUUCGUGCUAGCCCUUGCGGGGGUUUGCUUUGGGAGACUGUAUAAUCCCUGGAAGCCAGACAUGAUGCGUCGUCAUGGUGACCAGAUGGAGGAAGAUGAAAAUGAGCCAGAUCCAAACUUUUUUUAUCUGGAUGCCCUUAUGCCAGGUGUCCUUCCACAAAGAUCUGAACAGUAUCUGUGUAGCUCUGUGGCUGUACCAAGACAAGAUUCCUACAUUAUUGGAUUUGAGCCUCAUGCAAAUAUGGAUACAGCCCACCAUAUGCUCCUGUUUGGCUGUGCUGAUGUGAAGGCUUCUCCGGGUCUGUCCUACGACUGCAAUAGUAUGGGUACAUGUAAGGGCAAAGGCAGUAUCCUGUUUGCCUGGGCGAGAAAUGCUUCACAGCCAACGUUACCGAGAGGUGUUGGUUUUCAUAUCGGUGGGAGCAGUGGUAUCAACUAUCUUACUCUGCAAAUACAUUACGGUGACAUCAGUCAUUUCAAGGGUAGGGACCAUUCAGGAUUAUCCAUGUAUGUGACACUCAAUCCGCAACCAUAUGCUGGAGGUAUCUACCUAUUGGGAUCAGGGUACAUGUCCAUUCCACCUCAAGUAUCAAAUUACCAUGUUGAUAUUGCCUGCGCAUAUGCUGACCCUGUUCCCAUCUACCCAUUUGCGUUCCGGACACACGCCCAUGAGAUGAGUACUGUCAUCAGUGGGUACCGCAUACGUCAUGGAGAAUGGACAACACUUGGCAAGGGUAACCCAAAGUGGGCUCAGGCAUUCUAUCCAAUGGAUCGUAUCUAUGAAAUCAAAGAUGGAGAUAUCCUGGCAGCACGCUGUACUUAUAACUCCCAGUCAAGACACUCAAUCACAUAUGCUGGCGGAAGUUCCCAUGAUGAGAUGUGUAACUUCUACAUGAUGUACUACACAGAUGCUUUUGAAGGAGAAACAUACAAGAUGUGCUGGUCGGAAGGUAGUCAACAGCUCUUCCAGUACAUUCCUCCAGGGUCAGACAUUGCUCCCUCAAAGCCACCUAGAGUGAGUACUGAUGCAGGCAAAGAGGAACCUGAUCGCUAUGACCUCAACCCAGACCUCUAUGGAAACCAACAUGAUAACGAUGAGGUCGAUAAUUACAAGCAUGAUUGGUAUGGGGGUAACAUAGAUGAUGAUGAUGAUGAUGAUGAUGAUGAUGAUAACAAGUACAACACCAUGAACAAAUUCUUGGACAAACAUGGCAAGCAAGAAACCCAAGGUACAGAUACAGAGGGUGGAGGUAAGGACAGAAAGGAAGAAACAAGCACCAAACCUGGCAUUGUGAAGACAUCAGAAGAGGAGGGAAGAUCAACUGAAAAGAUCAAUACUGAUGGCAAUGACAAGAAAGACAAAGACAAGGAAUCCUCUGAAAACCUGAGCAUGGUAGAUGGAUGGCCUGUAUAUGAUGGCUUGAACUUGGGGCAGGUUGCAGGGGUUGCUGUGGGCUUGGAUGGAGAUGUGCUUAUAUUUCAUAGAGCAGACAGAGUCUGGGGUGUCGGGGUCUUCAGUGCUGACAACCAUUACAUGGAGGUAGACAAAGGACGCAUCAAAAACAGUACAGUGUUGGUUUUUGACAAGGAAAUGGGACACAUGAAACAGCAGUGGGGAACAAACAUGUUUUUCAUGCCACAUGGGCUGUCUAUCGACCAUGAAGGUAACAUAUGGCUGACAGAUGUUGCCCUGCACCAGAUAUUCAAGUUCCCUCCAGCAGGAGGAGACAAACCCUUACUAACUCUUGGGAUGGAGUUGGAGCCUGGCAGUGGUAAAGACCACUUCUGCAAGCCCACAGACGUGGCCGUGGAUCCAGUAACUGGAGACAUCUUUGUAGCAGAUGGCUAUUGUAACAGUAGGAUCAUGAAGUUCUCUGCAGCUGGGAAAUACAUCCUGGAAUGGGGGAAAGCCUCAUCCUAUGUUGGAAGGGAGCUUGCUAUUGACCCAGAGCCCAGCACAUUCUCCAUACCCCACAGCCUGGCAUUCAUUCCUAUCAAGCAGCAGUUGUGUGUGGCUGAUAGAGAGAAUGGCCGGAUACAAUGCUUCCAGGCAGAUACUGGCAAGUACAUCCGAGAAUAUCAUCUACCAGAGUUUGGCACACGGUUAUUUGCCAUUAGCUACAGUCCAUGGAAAGGAGGUCGUCUGUAUGCAGUGAAUGGCAAGGGCUUAUCCAGAAGUGGUUCAGCGGAGCCAGUCCAGGGUUUCACCCUAGGCUUUGACAGUGGCAUGCUGCUUCAGACAUGGACACCAGGGAGUUCGGGGUUCGGGCAACCACAUGAUGUUGCAGCAGCACCAGAUUCCAAGAAUGUUUAUGUCGUGGAAAUUGGACCCAACAGAGUCUGGAAAUUCCAAAGGAACCUUGGACUAGAUGAAACUACUUCUAGCCAAGUCGAGGAGGAAAGACAACCGCGCCGAGAGGAAAUCCCCAAGCACAUAGUCAAUCCUACCAUGGAUGCCAGUUUCACCACUACGGCCAUCAUUGUGGCUGUACUUGCUGUUCCCAUCUUCCUCAUGCUUCUGGUGGCAGUUGCUGUGCGCCUGCGGGCUCAGGGCCGCAUGCGCUUCUUCCGAGGUGAAGCAGGUACUACCAUCCGCUCGGGCUACAAGGCCACCACUGACAGCAAAUUCAGCUUGGGCAACUUCUUCAACCGAAGGAAGGGUUUCAACCAAGUCAAUACAGAGGACUCUGAUCAUGAUGGUGGUGGGAUGGGCUGGAGUGAUGACUCCGAUGUGGAAGAGUAUAGCAUUCUGAACGCCAAGAGAACACAAAAUUUAUGAGAAAAAAGUGGAAGACUAACAUUGUUUGGUUUGAGGGUUGGAGCAGUGUCACAAAAGUCUAAUACAUGUACAUGUGUAGAAUCAAUGUUGCAUAAAUGCUUGGGAAAUGAAGGGGAAUGGGACAGAAACCAACCAUUUUGAGAAUGAAUGACACUGAAGGUGUUUUGCCUAUAAUAAUACUGACUUUCGGGAAAAGAAACUUAGUUUUACAGCGAAGUUCACUAUCUGGGCCUCAGAAUGUAACCCCUCCAAUCUCACUUUGUCUCCCUUGAAAUAACAAUAUGAGUGGAGAUAAGUGCUCUAUUUGCUUUUUUGUCUCUUUUUCUCAGUUUUCUAGUAUUUCAGCCCAACACGAGUAUAAGUAUCAGUACCUUAAGUUAGUUAAUUGCUUUACUAGGAAGUAUAUAUACACACACCAAUGCAAUGGUACCUAAACAUAUGAUUAAGUACUAGUCAGUUUCAAGUUGAGUGUUUAUUCCAUCAACAAAUUUGGUGAAGUAAUAUAUAUUGUCAAACAUGUAUAAUACUGUAAAUAAAUUUAGAGAAACUGAAUUCAUGUACUGUUUUGUUGUAGUUAUGUAUGUAAGCUUCAGACAGAUUUUCCACAUUUUUAAACCCACCUUUUGCUUUAAUAGUACUAUUAAACAAAAAGGAACUGUCUGUUGCACUAACUGUAUUCUAAUAUAGUACUCUUUAAAGUACUGCAAUUUAUUAAAUUAAAAAAAAAAUCUAAAUUAUGUUUUUUUAUGAAAUGGAACAAAAUAGUUUGUUCCCAUGAGAGUAAUUGACAGUGCUGGGUAGGUAUUGUGCAGCACUUAUGAUACAAUUCAGCCAGAUAUUUGGUUAUCCCGAUAAAGGGAAAGUCUGUUGGCAUUUUUACACGUCAAAGAUUAGCUGGAAAACAAAAUAAACACUUUGAGACCUGCAGCUCCUACAAA